AUGUCGGAAGUGGCAGUCCCAGUGCCCGGUAGCGGCAAGACCGAAGUAGGGAUGCGCAAGAAUGGCAAGAAUUGGCGCACCCCCAAAAAACCCUUCCGGCCCACCGCCGGCCUCAAGUCAUACGAGAAGCGACUCCAAGACCGAAAUAACAUGGCAGCCAUGAAGGAGCGCGAGAAAGAAAUGAAGGACGAAAAGGAAGCCGAGCGACAGAGACACAUCCAAGCAAUCAAAGACCGAAGAGCCGCCAAGGCAGAAAAGGAGCGAUACGAGAAGAUGGCCGAGAAAAUGCACAAGAAGCGAGUUGAACGAAGAAAGCGCAAGGAGAAGAGAAAUAAAUUGUUGAAUUCUUGA